GGGUCUCAAGCAAACACUGCCCAGGGAAACAGGCUUGGGAACAUCCUGGGCACACGAGUGCACACCAGCCUGCUCCAUCCGCCAGGAGCUCUGCGAAUCACCACGGGGAAAAGUCCGUAUCAGAAGGGAGAAGCUGAAAAAUGAGGAUUAUCCUGGUUUGGACGAUUUUCCCAGGUGUCUGGGCAGUCUCAGGUCCCUCGCAGGUGACAGCCCAUUGGGGCAGCUCGCUAGCGGUGUCCUGCAGCUAUCAGCUGGGCAACAAGCUCCACUCCAAGGUCUGGUGCAAAUCAUACUUUUUCAAGAUCUUCUGCACCUACAUGGCCCAAACCAAUGGCUCAGAGGCGGCGAUGACACAGGGCAGGGUGUCCAUCAGAGACAACCACACGGCACUUGUAUUCACGGUGACGAUGAGAGAUGUGAUGCCGGAGGACGCGGGCUGGUACUACUGCGGGGCAGUGAAGUCCCUGUUGCACAGUCAGUGGCACAAAACCGAGGUGCUCGUGUCUGAGGCCACAGCCGAGGCCGGCGAUGUGCACCCAGUGGCAAAGGCAGACCCAUCCCCCACUGGCUGUGAGGAGCCUCCAGCACUGUCCCAGCUCGACAUCACCCUCCUGCUGCUCCUCCUUGGUGUGAAGGUGCCUGUGAUCCUGGCCCUGCUGUGUGGGGCCAUGUGGCUGAGGAAGUGGCACAGGAGCUGCAGCCCGUGGGAAAACCUGCAGCAAUCUGAGAAGUCCAGCAGCACUGUGGCACCGGGCAGCCUGACCCCCCAGCAGCCUGAUCCCCCGGCAGCAGCACAGCAUCCUUCUGGUCCCUUUCCCCAUGCCCUGCCAGGGAGCCACUGGAGCUGCUCAGCAUCAGGUGGCUCUCUCCCUGCAAAGCCUCAGCCCCCCCUAUUGCCCCCCAAGUUGCACAAGGGAAGGAUUGCUGUGCAGAGAUCUCGUGUCUGCUGAGCUCGAGGUGCCACCAAAAAGCAAUUUUGAAACAAAGCCUGGGUAUCCUGCAGGUGUCUGUCUGUCUAUCUCCAGCGCUGGCUGGGGCUCCAGGGGCUGCCAACACAAACAUGCAGAGCUGUGCUGCUGUGUGGGGAGCCCCAGCUGGGGGCACAUCGUGUCACAUGGGAGCCAUGCACCACAGCCUGACUGAGCUGCUCACAAUUUCAGUCCUGCCCCACGCAGCCACGCACCCACGACUGGCUGAGUUGUGUCUUUCCAUGGCAGGACUGUCCAUCCUGAGCCCAGAGCUCACAGCACACCCGUCUGCAGCGCUGCCUCCUCCCCUCACUGCAUCCCAUCCAUGGCUCUGCAUCCAUCCGCUGCUGAGCUCCAUUACGGAUCACACUCCUUCCCAUGCUCUGUGCUUGGCGGCAGCAGGAGCAGUGCUGCCAUUCAUGUGGGGUUCUUCAGUGCACACUGAGUUGUCUGCCAGCACAUGUUCAGUGUCACAGAAGAUAUCUUGCCCAAACGGAGCUGGGGGAAUGCCAUCAGCCUGAUGGAACCCCAUUCCAUGGGCAUGCUGAGCCCAACCUGUCCGCCAGAUCAAUGACAAGGUGCAUGAGGGACUGGAGCUGUGGGGGGAUGAGGACUGGGAAUGGGAAGAGGCCUGGAGACACACAACUGAGGGAGAGGAGUAUGACGGGUGAGGGUG